CGGCACGUCUCAAGCCUCCAACUGGGAAUCUUGAACCUUUAACCUCUCAUCUUUUGGAUACUUACAUUUCUUCUCCUCUUCUCUCUCUCUACCUUCAUAACCACGUUUUACCAAGCAUCACCCUAGUCUGACGUCGUGGUAGUAGAGUGCUAUACUCCUAUCAUUUACGUGUCAAUAAAAACCCUCAAAAAGGAGAAAACAAAAGAGGGUAUUAUAGCAAUUGAAAAGGAAAUAAAGGAAAUAGCUGGUUAUCAUGGCAGCUCCCGAAGUUCAUCAUCUCUUCCACCACCCUAUCGCCGACCAUUCUUUUUCCGCCGAUCGCAAAACGCUAGCUGUAGCCAAGGAUACGAGUAUCGAGCUCUAUGAAAAGGUCGGAAAUGCCUUCAAGCUAAAGGAUGAAUUGAAAGGUCAUGAUAAGACCAUCACUGGUGUUGAUAUUGCUCCCCAAAGCGGCAGAAUUGUCACAUGUUCCCAAGACCGCAAUGCUUUGGUGUGGGAACCGUCCCCUACUGGAUAUAAGCCCACCCUAGUGCUUCUUAGAAUUGCUCGGGCCGCUACCUUUGUCCGAUGGUCUCCUUCCGAGACCAAGUUUGCUGUUGGAUCUGGCGAUAGGGUUAUUGCCAUUUGUUAUUUUGAAGAGGAGAAUGAUUGGUGGGUUUCCAAGCAUCUGAAGAAGCCUAUCCGAAGCACCAUUACCACUGUCAACUGGCAUCCCAAUUCGGUCCUUCUUGCCGCCGGCUCCACAGACGCCCACGCGAGAGUCUUUUCAAGCUUCAUUAAAGGCGUUGACGCUCGUCCUGAGCCCAGUGUUUGGGGUGAGCGUCUCCCUUUCAACACUGUCUGUGGCGAAUUUUUGAACAACUCUGCUGGUUGGGUGCAUUCUGUUGCUUUCUCUCCUAGCGGCGACGCCCUAGCGUUCGCCGCCCACGAUAGCAGUAUCACCAUUGUAUAUCCCACUGCCCCUGAACAACCCCCAAGGGCUGUCAUCAGCGUCAAUACGCAGCUCCUCCCCUUCAUGAGUCUGAUAUGGAACGGCGAGAGCGAGAUUAUUGCGGCUGGCUACGAUUGCGAAGCCUUCAGAUUCAAGGGCGGCCCAUCUGGCUGGCAGCUGAGUGGAACACUAGAAUCUAAAGGAAGACCCGGCUCAGGGGACGCCCGAGAAGAUUCUGCUCUGAAUAUGUUCCGGCAAAUGGACUUGAAAGGCAAGGUCAAGGAUGAUACUCAACUAAAGACCGUUCAUCAGAAUACCAUCUCGACCGUGCGCGUUUACGAGACCAAUGGCGAAUCUGUCACUAAAUUCAGCACAAGCGGAGUAGAUGGUAGAAUUGUCAUCUGGCACACAUAGACUUAUAGAUAGUAAACCCCACGAGCGAAUUGAGGUGUCUCAAACUCCUUCUCAUCCUUUAUCCCUUUAUCUGCCGUAUUUAUCACUUCUCUUCAGUUCUAUUCUUGCAUAUACGCGAGAAGUCUAGGAGUUUCCCGUGCGU